AUGUCUCCUGAGGACACAGAGGAAAACACAAGCCCCUCAGUUACUGUAGGCUGCCUUCUGCUGGACCUUCUUAGCACAGGUUGUUCUCCACCAAGGCCGAGUGAGCACCAUCCAGCCAUGCCCGCCCCACGCCCUCCCGGGCACCAUGUGUCGGGUGACACUACCCGGUCCCUCGUGGCAAAGAGGAAGCAGUUUGAAAAGGACAUAAAUGCCUCUUUCAGAAGCCUGAAUGAAAACCUCCAGAGUAUUUUCCAAACCCAGCAGAAGCCUAGGCAGGAGCAUCACUCCAGCUACUCUGAGAUGUGUGGGCCCAUCUACCAGAAGUGGCUGGAGGACAUGGAGAGAACAAGAGAGCAGGAGGAACGGCCUCCUGUGACUUGUAACUCAGCACCAAUGAAGACUUUGGAGAAAGCUAUAGAGGAUCACAAAGUCAAGCUUGAACACGCUAAGGAGAUAUGUGACAGGCUUUUGAAGGUCUGGUAG